AUGGGAGAAGGAAAUCGCCUCUAUGUUUGUGGAACAAAUGCCCAUAAUCCCAAAGACUGGGUUCUUAAUUCCAACCUGACACAUCUAAGCAGGAACACCUUCGUACCAGGAAUAGGAAUGGGAAUAGCCAAGUGCCCAUACGACCCAACUGACAACUCAACAGCUGUGUGGGUGGAAGAGGGAAAUCCAGGCGAUCUUCCAGGUCUUUAUUCGGGAACAAACGCGGAGUUCACCAAGGCCGACACCGUCAUUUUCAGAACAGACCUGUACAAUCUGACUACUGGCAGAAAGGAAUUCAGUUUCAAGAGGACCCUAAAAUAUGAUUCCAAAUGGCUCGACAAACCGAACUUCGUUGGAUCCUUUGACAUUGGUGAUUACGUGCUGUUUUUCUUUCGCGAAACUGCCGUCGAAUAUAUAAAUUGCGGCAAAAAUGUUUACUCCAGAGUCGCGAGGGUUUGCAAAAGAGACACCGGCGGGAAGAACAUACUUUCUCAGAACUGGGCUACGUACCUUAAGGCGAGACUUAACUGUUCCAUUCCUGGAGAAUUUCCCUUCUAUUUUAACGAGAUCCAAAGCGUUUAUAUGGUGCCAGGCGAUAAAACCAAGUUUUACGGAACAUUCAUCACCUCCACAAACGGCCUAAUGGGUUCAGCUAUUUGCUCCUUCACCAUCGCCGACAUCCAGGCCGCCUUUGCAGGUAGAUUCAAGGAACAAGCUUCUUCAUCAUCCGCGUGGCUUCCAGUUAUGACCAGCAGAGUCCCUGAACCACGUCCAGGAACUUGCGUUAACGAUACCGAAACUCUUCCCGAUACCGUUCUUAAUUUUAUCCGUUCUCAUCCACUUAUGGAUAGCGCUGUCACACAUAAGAACGAAAGGCCAGUCUACUACAAGAGAGACAUCUAUUUUACCAAGUUGGUGGUCGAUAUGGUAUCCGUUGACAUUGGUGGUUUGGUUUUGGACUACACUGUUUACUAUGCUGGAACUGAUGAAGGACGUGUCCACAAGAUCGUAGAAUGGGAAUCAGAAGAAGAGGAAGACGAAGAUGAUGAUGAUGAGUACAGGGUUAAACCUGCAACCUCCAUCCUUUUGGACAUUUUUGAUGUAACGCCAGGCGAGCCUAUUCAAAUUAUGGACAUUUCCAAGGAACACAAGGCUUUAUAUGUAGGGUCUGACUACAGGGUUAAACAGGUCGAUUUGGUUAUGUGCAACCGAAGAUAUGACAGCUGCUUGAGAUGCGUUCAUGAUCCGUAUUGUGGUUGGGAUAAAGAUGCCAAUGUUUGCAAACCAUACUCACCAGGACUUCUCCAAGAUGUUUCAAAUAGUACAAUCGACGUGUGCGACAGCAGUGUGAUCAAGAAGAAGAUGAUGGUCACCUGGGGCCAAAGUCUCCACUUGGGAUGCUUUCAAAAAAUGCCUGCCGUAUUGUCCUCUCAAACUGUGACCUGGUACCACUACUCGAAAGAAAAGGGCCGUUACAAGAUCCAAUUUAGAGCGGAUAAAUACAUCGAAACCUCCGAACACGGUUUGGUUAUUAUCGCCGUUACUGAAGCUGAUGAGGGAAGGUACGAUUGCUGGAUGGGGGCUUCUUUGCUUUGCUCUUUCAAUGUUACCGUCGACGCUCACAGAUGCUCUCCACCUGCCAAAUCCAACGAUUAUCAGAAAAUCUACUCCGACUGGUGCCACGAGUUCGAGAAAUACAAAUCCGCCAUGAAAACUUGGGAAAAGAAACAAGCUGAAAUAGAUUCACUGGUAUCACUUUUAAAUAUUGACAUGAAAUAUGUUUUAAAACCAAAGGAAGAAGAACCUUACUGUAUAGUUGAAUUUCAAAGUGAAACUGAUGUGAGGCAGUUAACAAACAGAUCAGUAUCACUUCGCAACACAAUAGAACUUUAUACCUAUGCUACUAGUAUAAAUGAAUUACAUGAAAAAAUGAAAGUUUUUCCAAGAAGUAUAUUACAGCCCUAUCUUAAUAAAAAUAUGUCCUUUAAAAUAGACGUAGAAACAUUUAAUAGGCAUUUUACACAAAAACAAAAGGUUGAUAAACUAGAAAAAUUUGAAUACUUACCUAUAAAAGGGCCUGUUAACUUAAAAAAUCCUGAUGUUAUAUUCCAGUACAUUGAAUAUUAUGGAACUAGGGCUAAUAAUCCACCAGAAAAUCCAUAUCAAGUUUUCUUUGGGAGAUUUAUUAGCUGUGGCUUGAGAGAUUUAAUCAAAAAAUUGUCACUAAAAACAAGAAAAUAUAUUGGUAACACAAGUAUGGAUCCCCAGUUGUCACUGCUAAUGGCCAAUCAGGCAAAAAUAAAAAAUGGUGAUAUAGUUUUGGACCCGUUUGUUGGUUCUGGGUCCCUAUUGGUGGCAGCUGCACAAUUUGGUGGAUAUGUUUAUGGAGGAGACAUUGAUUAUCUUAUGCUGCAUGCCAAAACACGUCCAUCCAGAAUAUCCCAGAAAAAAAGGGAAGCAGAUGAAAGUAUAAGGGCCAACAUGAAGCAAUAUAAUUUGGAACAUAGAUAUUUGGAUGUAUUAAUUAAUGAUUUUUCCACUGUGUUUUGGAAGAGUAAUAUGAAGUUUGAUGCAAUUAUUACAGAUCCUCCUUAUGGUAUAAGAGAAGCAACUGAAAGGGUAGGGACAGAAAAAGAGGAUUGUAAAGUAAAAGAUGAGCAUUUAUCGACGCACAUUCCAGCCAAAAUAGAGUACACAAUAUCGCAAAUCUAUAGUGAUUUGUUAAUAUUUUCGUCAAAGUAUUUAAAAAUAGGGGGACGGUUGGUUUGCUGGUUUCCAGUUUACAGGGAUGAUUAUUUAGAAGAUGGUUUGCCUUCACAUCCAGCCUUAAAACUCAUAAGUAAUUCUGAACAAACAUUAACAAUGGUGACUUCAAGGAGACUAUUAACUUUUGAAAAAAUCAGGGAACCCACUGAGGAUGAACUUAAUAAAAUUGACAGCAAUAUAACAGAUUUCAGGGAGAAAUAUUACGUGAACAGAGAAGAGACAAGGAAAGAAAGAAGAAUGAGGGAGGCAAAAAUACGGGAGGAAAAUAAAACGAAUUAUUUUACCAAUAAGGACAAAAAAUAAAUUUUAAAUAAAAAGGUUUAUUAAAACUUUAUGAAAUAGUACUUUAUUUCCUUUUUCCUUUAAAUUUGCUUUUACCACCAAUGGGUCUGAAAUCCCUAUUUUGCGAGUUUGUUUUGUCUCUUCCUUUGCCCUUUCCUCCAAACUUACUGCCUCCUUUCUUAAAUUUGUUGUUUCCAAAUUGUUUCUUCUCGCCACCCCUUCCUUUAUCCCCAAAUUUGCCAUCUCCUUUCUUAAACCUGUCAUUUCCUUUUCCAAAAGGUUUUCCUCCACCUUUUUUAAAUCUGUUGUUUCCUUCAAAUUUAUUGUCAAUGUCUUUAUUAAAUGGUUUUCCUCCGCCCUUUUUAAAUCUGUCUUUUCCUUCAAAUUUAUUGUCAAAUCUACUUUUUUUAAAUGAGGAAGAAUCGUUAUUGUCAUUAUCCAUUCUUGGUCUUUUGUUAUUAUGACUUUGGAAACUGCCAGGUCGUUUUGUUCCACCAGUGUGUCUUGAUGUAAACAAAUCU